AUAUUUCUUACUAAUCUACCUAACAAGGACCAAGUAAGCAACUUUUUUUUAAGAACCACUUCAUAUUGGUACUAAUACAUACUCCGUUUUUCUUAAAGGUAAACUCAAUUACCCUAAAAAAUGAAGAAACCUGAGUGGCACUACAUCAACAAUCACCCCCACCCUACACGCCACCUGGUGGAGCAUUCACCCCGAGUACCACAACAUCAACAAUCACCCCCACCCUACGCUCCACCUGGUGGUCCGGAUGCUCCGGGGUGUCCGAGGAAACAUCAACAUGAUUACAUGAACCAAGAGCCAUAUAGUUAAUAUGCUGUGUACGAUGACUAAGGGUCUGUUUCGAUUGACGACUGAAAUAAGCUGAACUAAACUGAAUAUUUUAUAAAAGAAGAAAUUUAAGAACUGAACUAAACUGAAAAUAAUCUGAAGAUAACAUGCCCUAAAUGAGCCAAGGGUAUGCCCCACAAAUACGGUGAUUCCAACUUUAUUACCGUUACAUAUUAUAAUACCCACACUUUCAUAAAAAAAAAACAACAAAACCAAAUCCAUCUUAUUCAGAUGAGCAGCACACCUCUCAUCACUCUUCCCAUCUAAACACUAACCAAACCACUCUUUCUUUCUUUCUUCCAAAAAAAAUCCCAUAAAAAUGGCAGAAUAUGAAACACAAAACAAUCAAGAACCCACAAUAAUCCCAAAAGAAACCGCAAUUCAAACCUUAAACACAAUAAUCCAACUCCAUUUCGAAAAAACCCUUGAAAAAAAACGAGCAGUAGACCACCAAAAGAAGCAACUUUGGAAGCUCUUUCAACAUUUCUUCCUCUUUCUUUCCUUAGUUUUCGCUUCGCUUUCGCUGAGCACUCGCCUUCAAUGCCGCCAUUCUUGGAUCCCCAUUUCACUCCUGUCCUUCUCACAUCUCAUCUUCUAUGUAUCUGUUGCACAAACUCUAAGGUGCAUCAAUGCUUUCAAGUAUCAAAGAAGGUGUCAUAAGCUUACUCUUGGCCUUGCUACUGAUAAGCUCAGGCAGCUUAAGACGAUCACUAUGAUUAACAGUGAUGCAAGAAAUCACGUGUCGUUUGGUGUAAUUAAUAAUGAUGUUGACGAUGAGGGUUGCUUCGUUAAUGGGCAGGAUUUUGAAAUUCAUUAUCAAGAACCUCCUGAGAGUUAUUUUGGUAAGUUUAAGAGAAAUUGGGCACUUUAUUUUGGGUUUUUAAUCUUGGUUUAUGGUUUUAUGGUUUCUUCCUCUGUUGUUCUUCUUUGUUUCUAGUAAAAACAAAUUAGUAUUAUUAUUCUUUUGUAUUAUUGAUUCAGAUUUUGUUUCUUUAUUGGGUAAUUAAAUUAGUGAAUUAUAAAGAUGAAUAUUA